AACUCUGCGUGCGGCAAAACGCCAUUUUUCAAUCAAUGCAGAAAAAUUUUUCUCAGUGGCGUGGCUUUAACUUAUGCUGUUUUAAAUAGUGAAAUUCAGUCAUAUUUUAGCGUUAAACUGUGUCAAUAGAUUCUUAAAAACAAACAUGGAUAGAGGAGGUUAUGGCGGUGCUAGUGGUGGAGGAGGUUACAAUAAUUUUUCUGUACCACCGCCGAAUUUCCAGCAGCAAAUGCAACCAAAAAGUGGCGGCUACAGCGAUCAAUCUUCCUACAACAAAGGAGGUUAUGAUUCAGGUAGCCGUGGCGGAGGUGGUGGAGGCGGCGGCGGUUGGCAAGACCGUGGAAGCGGCGGAGGCGGCGGUUAUGGAAAUGGAGGCGGCAGCAAGGACGGCUACAAUAAAGGCGGAUAUGGUGGAGGCGGCGGCGGCGGCGGUGGUGCUGGCGAAAUGGUUACUCAAGAAGACACCAUCUUUGUCUCUGGCAUGGAUCCCGCGACCGAUGAAAUGGCGAUUGAAACGCAUUUCGGCGCAAUAGGCAUAAUUAAGAAAGAUAAACGUACUAUGAAACCUAAAAUUUGGUUAUACAAACACAAAGAUACCGGCGUUUCAAAAGGUGAAGCUACUGUAACCUACGAUGAUACGAAUGCCGCACAAUCAGCCAUUGCUUGGUUUGAUGGCCGAGAUUUCAAUGGCUGUACGAUUAAAGUUUCGUUGGCACAACGUCAAAAUAACUGGAAAGGUCGCGGAGGCGGUAGUGGUGGCGGCGGUGGUGGUUUCGGUGGUCGUGGCGGUCCAGGUGGUGGCGGUGGACGUGGUGGAGGUGGUAGAUUUGAUCGCGGCGGCGGCGGAUCGGGUGGUGAUUACGAUUCCGGUCGUGGAGGUGGUGGAGAUCGUGGUGGCCGUGGUAGAAUGGGAGGUGGCGGCGGAGGUGGAGGUGGUGGUGGUAACGUACCACAACGCGAAGGUGAUUGGAAAUGUAGCAGUUGUAAUAAUACCAACUUUGCUUGGCGCAACGAGUGCAAUAGGUGUAAAGAACCUAAAAGUGAUGGUGAUAAUGAAGGCGGCAGUGGUGGUGGUGGCGGCUAUGGCGGAGGUGGCUAUGGCGGCGGCAGCGGUGGUGGUUACGGCGGUGACCGCGGUAGUGGUGGUGGCGGUUAUGGCAACAGCGAUCGUGGUGGCGGCGGUGGUGGUUAUGGCAACAGAGAUCGCGGAAAUGGCGGUGGUGGCGGUGGCGGCGGUGGUGGUGGUUUCAACCGCUUUGGAGGUGGUGGCGGCCGAGGAGGCGGCGGCGGCGGUGGCCGCGGAAUGGGUGGUGGUGGUCGCCGCGAUGGAGGCGGUGGUCCGGUUAGAAAUGACGGAGGCAAUCGGCCCAGACCUUAUUAACCGUUGUGCGAUUUUAAGUUAUAUAUAUGUAUUUAACUUUAAAAAAAUUUUUUAAGUAAAGCAGAUUUAUUGUAUUAAGAACGUAAUUAUUACUGCUAUCUAAAUAUCAACAGUUUGCAACAGAAGUAGAUAUGAAGAAACAAAAAUAACGACAUGUAUAUUACAAUGUAUCUUUUUUCAAAAUAAAAAACUUAAUUUUAAUUUAAUGACCAAAUAAAAA